GCAGAGGACCGAGGGCUGAGGCAGAGCCACCUGAUGGCUGAGUUUGAUUUGAUGGCUCCAGGGCCACUGCCCGGGGUCGUGGGUCACACCCUGACCCCUCUCAGCUCAGACUUUGGGUCAGCCCGUCCAGCCGAAGAGGAGUGGAAGUCUCUGGGGGCUGUGGAAGGGCAGACUGAGGGACAGGACCUUGGUACUGCAGAGCUGGAGACGCCAGGUGGUAAAGACGAGGACGAGGGGGAAGGCCAGGAGGAGAUCCUGUGUGACUUCUGCCUGGGGGCCAGCAGGGUGGCGGCGGUGAAGUCCUGCCUGACGUGUAUGGUGAAUUACUGCGAGGAGCACCUGCGGCCGCACCAGGAGAACAGCAAGCUGCACAGCCACCAGCUGACCGAGCCCAUGCGGGACCUGGACCAGCGCAUCUGCCCUGCCCACCACCGCACUCUGGUGGCCUUCUGCCACUCCGACCAGCAGUGCAUCUGUGAGGAGUGCAGCCAGAAUGAGCACAAGGACCACGCUGCUGUCUCCCUGGAUGCAGCGCGCAGGGACAAGGAGGCUGAACUUCGGUGCAUCCAGCUGGACCUGGAGCAGAAACUCAGGUUAAAUAAAGAUGCCAUUGACAGACUACAAGCAAACCAUAAGUCUGUUUUGGUGUCAGUCUCAGAGGUGAAGGUGGUGGCUGAGGAGCAGUUCGGGGAACUCCUGGCUGCAGUGCGGAAGGCCCAAGCUGACGUGAUGCUCUUCUUGGAAGAGAAGGAGCAAGCUGCCCUGAGUCAGUCCAAUGGCAUCAAGGCCCACCUGGAGCACAGGAAUGCGGAAAUGGAGAAAAGCAGGCAGGAGCUGGAGCGGGUGGCUGCCAUCAGCAACAGCGUCCUGUUCCUGGAGGAGUACUGCAAGUUUAAGAAUACGGAGGACAGUGCCUUCCCGAGUGUUUACAUUAGACUCAAGGACAAGCUCUCUGGCAUCCGCAAGGUUAUCACAGACUCCACUGGGCACUUGAUCCAGCUACUGCAGAACCAGAAGGAGAAGCUUCAGGAGUUUGCCAAGGAAGAGGAGUAUGACAUCAGCACUCAGGUGUCAGCUGUCAUGCAGCGCAAAUACCGGAUCUCAAGACCUGAGCCCAGCAACAGAGAAGAGUUCCUCCAGUAUGCCUAUAAUAUCACGUUUGACCCGGACACUGCUCACAGGUACCUCCGGCUCCAGGAGGACAACCGCAAGGUCACCAACACCACGCCCUGGGAGCACCCUUACCCAGAGCACCCCGGCAGGUUCGUGCACUGGCGGCAGGUGUUGUCCCAACAGAGCCUGUACUUGCAUCGCUACUAUUUUGAAGUCGAAAUCUCCGGACCAGGGACCUACGUUGGACUGACCUAUAAAGGCAUAGAUAGGAAAGGGGAGGGACGCAACAGCUGCAUUUCCGGAAACAACUUCUCCUGGAGCCUCCACUGGAACGGAAAGGAGUUCCGAGCCUGGCACAGCGACACAGAGAACCCGCUCAAAGCGAGCCCUUUCCGGAGACUAGGGAUCUACAUCGACUUCCCGGGAAAGACCCUCUCCUUCUAUGGCGUGGAGCCGGGCACCAUGACGCUGGUGCACAAGUUCGAAUGCAAUUUUUCUGAGCCUGUCUACGCCGCCUUUUGGCUCUCCAAGAAGGAAAACACUAUCCGGAUUGUGGAUCUAGGAGAAGAGCCCGAGAAGGUGGCACCCACCCCCGGGGAGAACAUCCUUCAGACCAUGCAGGGGAAAGACUUCAUCUACAGCAGAUCCCGAAUCCACAUCAGCAGGAGGGAAGCAAACAGGGUGAAGCCUUCCUUGAACCAAGCACUGGACAAGACCCUGGAACUGAAGAUGAAGGAAAUCUUGGGUUGGUUUGCAAGAAGCAGCCAGGAAACUAAGGUCAAUUACACCCUCCAGCUGCUGCAGAUGUGCGAUCCCAGGCUACUACUCACUGCCAGCAAUGUGGUUAGAAUCCUGUUCCUCAAACAGCACAAAGCAAUGGAGGAGGAACAAUGGAAGAGUCCAGUUGAGGGUAUUUCUGAGAUGACUAGCACCCUCUCCAGGAAAGCAGAUAUACCUAAGACAAAUGGCAUUCCCUUUGAUCUGCUUGUCGACCUGGAUACUGUUAGAGCCCUGUCUUCAACGUUCAGUCAAUACCGAGAUUUCAUCCGACUCUUGCCUGUCCACCUCUCCAAGUACAUUCUAAAUAUGCUGGAUAAAAACACCCUAAACAGGUGUGCUUCUGUGAGCCAGCACUGGGCUAUACUGACACACGAGGUCAAGAGUGAUCGUGCCGUGCACACAUUCAUUCAGAAUCAGAUGGCUCUCUUUCAGGGGACCUACACUACGGGUAUAGAUAUUACUUAUGCCAAUAAGCUUUCUAUUCCAGUCCCUAAUGUAACAGAGGAUACGAAGCACAUACCUGUGAAAAACCAGAAGUGGAAGCUAAGAACAAUGAAUGACUACAACCUGUGGAUGGCAUACCAGAACCAGGAGACUGUGAUGGUCCAGAUGGAGGAGAGAAAUGUCUACUGCGGAACCUAUAACAUCCGCAUUCUCUCUGACAAGUGGGAUCAAAACAGAAUUAUCCACUAUUCCGGGGGAGAUUUGGUAGCUGUGUCAUCAAAUAGGAAUAUUCACCUUCUGGACAUCAUACGUUUAAAGGAGAUACCUAUUAAGUUCCGAGGACACACUGGAAGCAUCCACGCCCUCUUCUUAUGUGAGAAAGAAAACGUCCUCCUGAGCGGAAGCUAUGACCUGAGUAUCAGAUGCUGGGAUCUGAAAACUGGGAAUUUCAUACGAAUCUUCUAUGGCCACCAAGGGACAAUCAAUUGCAUAGAUUUAUGUAAGAAGAAGCUCGUAUCUGGAGGAAAGGAUUGCCAGGUGAAAGUGUGGGAUAUAGACACGGCGAAGUGCCUGAAGACCUUUAAGCACAAAGAACCCAUCUUGGCCACCAAGAUCAAUGACACCUACAUAGUGAGCAGCUGUGAGCAAGGGAUGGUCAAGGUGUGGCACAUUGCCAUGGCCCAGCUGGUAAAGACUCUCACUGGCCACGAGGGACCAGUGAAGUGCUUGUUCUUUGACGAGUGGCAUCUUCUCUCGGGAAGUAGUGAUGGCUUUGUCAUGGCCUGGAGCAUGGUGGGAAAGUAUGAGAGAUGCCUAAUGGGCUUCAAGCAUCCUAGGGAGGUACUCGAUGUGUCGCUUCUCUUCCUCCGGGUCAUCAGCGCCUGUGCAGAUGGCAAGAUCCGCAUUUAUAAUUUCUUAAAUGGGAACUGCUUGAAGGUAAUGAAAGCCAACAGCAGAGGGGACCCAGUACUAUCCUUCUUUAUUCAAGGAGACAGGAUGCUGAUCAACACAGAGAGCAAUAUCAUCAUGUUUCAGUUUGAGAAUAUAAAGUGGCAGUACUCUCAGGAUCAAGUGAAACAGAAGGAGUACAAGGAUAAAGAGGAGGAAUGGGAGGAUAGUAGUUUUGGGGAUGCUGCCUCCAGCAUUCUGACUUACAGCCGAAAGGAGUCAGCCUUAAGUAAACAAAUGGUGGUCCAGGAAGCUUUAGCUAGUAAACAGCAGAGACCUCAUAUUUCACCAAAGACAGCCGCGUUAUCUGCAGAUGAUAUGGGAAAAGUACUCAAAGAAGGACAACUGGAAUCUCCAGUAGAAUCAAUCUCUCGCCUGCAGAAAAAAGGCUGGCAUAUCUCGAUGUCACCUGACCAGUUCCUUCUGACUGUCAAUGCUCUGCAACAGACUCACAAUUCAGGGGUUUUUGCCUAUCCUCACAGGCCCCAAACUCAAGUCGUUGAUAACCGGGGACCUUCAAUUAACUUCCCGAGAAAGGUUCUCAAUUUCCAAGGAAAAUCACUCCAGGAUGCAGUCCAGAAGCUGAGAUCCAGCCACCCCUCGACAGAAAUAACACAAACCAGCACACCUCUUGAAAUCCAGAAACUGCACCUUAACCUGAAGAAUUCGUUGCACAGUUCCAGAGUCCAGUCCACAAUACCACAGCCCAUGCUUAUCCGACCCAAACUUUCUGACAUCUUCAAAGGUGAAGGCCAAAUGCCCAAGCCUCUUGAAGGAGCAGUGCACAGUCCUAGUCAGCUAACCAGCAUGCAUGUCAUUAGAACGAGACCCAUGAUUGCUCCAAGAAUGGGCACAAAGACCUUGCCUUUCAAGAAAGAACGGCCUAGUUUCUACACAACCCUCAAUCCUUUCAGAAUUAACACUGGGUUCAAGUUACUGACUAUGAAGGAGGAGAAAGAGUACAGGGAAGCCAAAGUGAAAGAAGACCAGGCCACUAAGCCCACUGUAGUAGCUGAUCCAGAGAAGGCCCGUAAAAUUGCCUGGCUCAGAAAGAUCAAAGGUUUGCCAAUAGACGAUUUCAUGAAGCAAGGAAAAACAGCAGCCCCUGAACUUGGACCAAACACGUUUAUCUGA